AGCAGAGUCCAUAUCUUGCAAGUCUUACGUUAUCCUUUAAGCCUUCUUCAGCUAACACAACAACAAUUUUGUACUUAAUGACGCUUAAUUUCAUUUUCUUAUCAUUUCCUUUGGGGGGAUUAUUCAUUCAUAUAAAACUAUCUGCAGCUGGUAACAGCCUCAAGUCUCCCUCCUAAGUGCAAUCAUCUAUUAUUGAGCGAAAGGCCGUGCGUGGAAAUGUGUGUAAGGAGUUGGAUUUGAAGUAGAAUUGGUUACAAUCGAUCAAGGGUGAAGAAUAUUGCUGAUGGUAACAAAAGAAGCAGCCAUGUCUUUCUCUCAGUUUGGAUAUCCCUACAAUGCAACUUCACAGUUUUUCGUGUCGGCAAACCCCAGUACGACUUGCUGCGAUUCGAUUUCCAGGUCGGUCUCUGACGGGACAAGCGGGUCCCAAACUGCCGCCACCUUCUGCUGCCCAUCCUACGAGAACCGACUCUUGGCAAGCACACGGACCGAGCUCAACGCGGCUCUAGGGAUGUACAGUUCGCCCUACGCUGCCGCGGCCGCCGCCAGCCAGAACUAUGCCAACUACUUUCCCUACAGUACCGACCCCUCGGCUAUCUACUCAACGCUGAAUCCACAGUAUGAAAUUAAAGAUGGCUCUGGCACUUUGCACUCUGGAAUAAGCCAGUCUGCAGCCUAUUACCCCUAUGACCAUUCACUGGGCCAAUACCAAUAUGACAGGUAUGGGACUGUGGACUUUAAUGGAUCAGCCAGGAGGAAGAAUGCCACCCGUGAGACCACUAGUACCCUAAAGUCAUGGCUGUACGAGCACCGUAAGAACCCCUACCCCACCAAGGGGGAGAAAAUCAUGCUGGCCAUCAUCACCAAAAUGACCCUCACCCAAGUGUCCACCUGGUUCGCCAACGCCAGGAGGAGACUAAAGAAGGAGAACAAGAUGACCUGGUCACCAAAGAAUAAAGCUGGGGAUGAUAGGAAAGAUGACCUGGAUAAGAGUGAUCAAGAAUGUGUUACUAAAGAUUCCAGUGAUUGUAAGGAGGAGAAGGACCUGCGUCUGAGUGACCUGGAAGACAUGGACGAGGAAGACUGUGACAAGCUGGACAGUGACUGUGAGAAGGUGACACCAGAAGAUCAGGAGCUCGACAGAUCCAUGGGAGCAGCUCCUCCAAAGAGAGAUUGCAGUUCUGAGAUCCCCCUCCCCAACAGCUUCCAACCUUUCCACUGCAGCAUCAAGAGUGCACCUGGCCUACCCUCUGACUUCCUGGAUCCCAUGGUGUCCAAGCCCCUCUCCUCCUCCAUCGCUGCCCCUGUGGGAAACAUGUCCUUGGCUCAUUUCGGGGUGGCGGACAAGCCCCGGAUAUGGUCCCUGGCCCAUACUGCUGCCACAGGGGUCAUCCUGGGCUCUCACCCGGCCUCUGAGCUGAGAACAGGGAGCACAGCUGGAGACUGCCAGCUCCAGGGCACCAGGCUCACUGGGACUCCUAGCGGACAGUGUGGGGCCCUCAGAGGCCUCCAGGAUCCUACUAGCCAGGUGUCCAACGCAGAGAAUCCCUUCCAGGAGGGCCCAACCUUGCACUCCAAACUCUACAGCACUGCUGGCAGCUACAGUCACAAAGCUCUUCAACUGCACUGCUCCUCCUACCCAGCACUGUCUGACAUAUGCCAGUACUCCACUAUUGAAGGGUUCCCCAGUAGGAAGGCCGAGACAGAACCAUCGGAACUCAGUGACACGUGUGUGACUCUGUUGGAUGACAAGGUCACUGCCUUCAGACCUGUGAUGAAGAGGUGAGGCAGGUUUAUGGAAACUCCAACCUUGAGCAAUGGGACAUUUAUUUAGCCAAUAUUAUGCACUAAGAACAUGGGAUGACAACGAGCGUCCUGACACCUGGGAACUACUUGGCUCUACCGCAGGGAACGCUGACCCUUGUUCAAACUGUGGAAGCAGCCAUACUUUUGCACAAUAUUGUUUUUAUGGUGUUGAUGACUUUAUGCAAGACUUUGAAAUGCAAUGUACGGUAUGAGAACGGACGGUCAAUUCACAUGAGAUACAAUUGGCAAUCGUAGUGUAGCAAUCUUAUUUAUGUAUUUAUUGUUACUUUGUGUUCAAUCUAUUUAUUUCGUAUGUGUCAUUUUACUGUUUUGUUACAUGUUUGUGUUAUGUUUCAAUCGUGGUUAUGUGCUUUUUGCCUGGUUUAAGUGACAGAUGCUUAGCUUGUUGUUGGUCUCUCUAUUCACGAUAAGCACCGCGUCUGGAGGACUAUUGAGUGUUAACCCGAAGAAAUUGUGUUGUUUUCCACAAAUACAUUGUGAGCUUAAUGUGUUUGCCAUUCAUGAACAUAUUUUAUAAGAAUGCGUUUUUUUCCAAGACCCUCGUUUCAGCGUCAUGAUUUCCAGAUGAACUUUCAGUCAGCCAAUUAAAACAUUUGAGGCUUUGCACUUGAUCAAAGUUUAUCUUUUUGACUCGGCGCAUAAUACAAGAGCAUUGUUCGAAGGUCAUAAUUCAGCAGAAUACGUGAAUGAACUUUACAAGACGGGGAAGAAAGGGGACAUCAUCUCUUCAUUGUCAACAUCUAAUCAGUAGUGACAUCAAACACUUUGUUACUGUUCAGGCAACCAACGAGGCAGGAAUACGAAUGAAUGCUGCGUUGUCCCCGGAGCAGGGAACCGCUGCAAUAACUUAAUACUUGUUGUUAAUUAAAGGGUCAUUUGCAGGAUGAAACCCAGGAGGAAAAUUCCAACACCACAUUUAGACUACAUUACUUUGAUUUUGAUGUUUUUGUCUGUUCAAACCUUAUAAAUUAUCAAUAUAUGAAU